AUGAAUAACGAUAAGAAUGUAGAAUCACUAGCUCUAUACAGUCUAUUUUAGAAGCUUGAAGAAUAAAAAGUUAAAAUGAUUAACAGUCAAGACCCUGCUUUGUUUGAAAACACUAGUCAAAAUAUUUUAGCAACUUUGAAAUAGGUAAACUCUGUGAAAGGCUGGAAUGAUUUAGUAAAUACAAUGUUAGCUGCUGAAGAAUCUGAAGAACAGCUAAUUCACCGUCCAAUUAAUGGAUCAGCAGAAUUAUACCUAAUGGAAUGCUAGUCUCCAGAAGCUGAUAAGAUUAAGUAGUAAAUGAUUUAAUGCAUGGACGAGAUAGAAAAUACUGAGCUAGAGUUAAUAAAUAUGGAGGAUAAGGAGAAUAUCAAUAGUAACAUUCGAAACAAGAAAAUAUUAUAACGAGAAAUGAAACUUAGAAUAAAUAGACUUUAGGAGUAAUAUGAAAAGCUUUAUAUAUAGUUUAAGAAAGUCAAUUCAUUAUGA